CCACCCCCCCCCCCAACCCCCCACCCACCCCCCCCCCCCCCGCCCCCCCACCCCCCCCCCCCCCCACACCCCCCCCCCCCCAACGCCCGCCCCCCCACCCCACCCCCCCCCCCCCCCAACCCCCCCCCCCUCCCCUCCCCCCCCCAACCCCCACCCCCCCCCCCCCCCCCCCCCCCCCCCCCCCACCCCCCCCCCCCCCCACCCCCCCCCCCCCCCACCCCCCCCCCCCCCCACCCCCCCCCCCCCCCACCCCCCCCCCCCCCCACCCCCCCCCCCCCCCACCCCCCCCCCCCCCCACCCCCCCCCCCCCCCACCCCCCCCCCCCCCCACCCCCCCCCCCCCCCACCCCCCCCCCCCCCCACCCCCCCCCCCCCCCACCCCCCCCCCCCCCCACCCCCCCCCCCCCCCACCCCCCCCCCCCCCCACCCCCCCCCCCCCCCACCCCCCCCCCCCCCCACCCCCCCCCCCCCCCACCCCCCCCCCCCCCCACCCCCCCCCCCCCCCACCCCCCCCCCCCCCCACCCCCCCCCCCCCCCACCCCCCCCCCCCCCCACCCCCCCCCCCCCCCACCCCCCCCCCCCCCCACCCCCCCCCCCCCCCACCCCCCCCCCCCCCCACCCCCCCCCCCCCCCACCCCCCCCCCCCCCCACCCCCCCCCCCCCCCACCCCCCCCCCCCCCCACCCCCCCCCCCCCCCACCCCCCCCCCCCCCCACCCCCCCCCCCCCCCACCCCCCCCCCCCCCCACCCCCCCCCCCCCCCACCCCCCCCCCCCCCCACCCCCCCCCCCCCCCACCCCCCCCCCCCCCCACCCCCCCCCCCCCCCACCCCCCCCCCCCCCCACCCCCCCCCCCCCCCACCCCCCCCCCCCCCCACCCCCCCCCCCCCCCACCCCCCCCCCCCCCCACCCCCCCCCCCCCCCACCCCCCCCCCCCCCCACCCCCCCCCCCCCCCACCCCCCCCCCCCCCCACCCCCCCCCCCCCCCACCCCCCCCCCCCCCCACCCCCCCCCCCCCCCACCCCCCCCCCCCCCCAUGAAAAUGGCUGAUUAUCUUAUCUCAAAAGAUGCCUUGUCGUUUAGUGUCCCCACUAUGAACCGAUAUGCACUUCUUGCAGAACUCUCUACCCAUGGAGGAAUAGAAGAGGAACCAAAUGACAGGGUACAAGCAGAGGAAAGUCCUGAGGAAGUUAAUAGUGCUAUAAAAGCACUCUCUUUCCUGACUGCCAAGACUGUGGAAUUUAUCUUCAACUCACUGAAGCAAAUCAUUACUACUCUUGAACAGUUUUCCAAGAUGGUUGUUGAAAUACGUAAUGAAAAAGAGUCUUUGCUAACAAUAUUGUGGCACCCUUAUUUCCAAAAUCAAAUCAACCAAAAGUCUGGAAAAAAAGAAAAAAACCACCUAGUGGAAACACUGCCAGCUGAAUUUCAGUAA